UUGGCCCAGCAUCUCCUCCUCGCAGUCUCCCAAAAGUCCGCGCAUCAUGCAUUCGCAGGUGAUCAUCGUGAGCCUCCUCCUGCUCCUGCCCGGAGCUGUGCUUUCUUACAUUGAGGUGCGUGGAUCUGUGGGUCACUCUGUCACACUGCCAUGCACUUACUCUGUGAGUCGUGGAGUCAAUUCCAUCUGUUGGGGCCGAGGAGUAUGUCCUACUUUUAAAUGCUUGGAUACCCUUAUCUGGACUGAUGGAUACAGCGUCACCUACUGGAGUCAAAGUCGCUACCAGCUAAAGGGACAGAUUAUGCAAGGAAAUGUGUCUUUGACUAUAGACAAUGUAACUCCUUCUGACGCUGGUAUGUACUGUUGCCGUGUGCAAGUCAGUGGAUGGUUCAAUGAUCUCAAGUACGUCUACUCUCUGCAAGUCACACCACAGGUUCAUACAACGAGACCACCAGCCACGAGACCCAUAACUCGUCCGAGACCCACAAACCCUCCACCAACAACCAGGGUCUCUACCGCCCCGCCUCCCACACAAAAGAAGAUCACCACACCAGCCACUACACCUUCUCCAACUUGGAACACAGAAACCCCGUCUACCACAGUGCAGGAGACGGGAACACCGCUCACUGGCUUGCCUGUGCCGUCCUGUGCCCCAACAGAUGGGAACGACACUGCGACGGCGUGUUCAGAUGGCCAUUGGAGUAAUCAAACUGAGUUGCCAAUACAGAAGCACCAGGGGACUGACAAACUAGGAUUAUAUGUGGGCAUUGGUGUCUCGGCCUUGGUGUUACUGCUGCUUCUGAGUGCCGUGUUUGUCACAAACCACAUCCACAGGAAGCUGAAAAUGGGAUCUCUGAGUUUCCUUACGUACACUGUCCCUAAGUCUGGAACUUUGCAGAAAGUGGCAGAAGUGCGACCCAGAGCAGUAGACAACAUCUAUGUUAUUGAAGAUCAUCUUUAUGCCACAAAUUAGUGUCAGCGGCCCUGUGAGGACCCUUAUGGCCGUGACUGCAGAAGAUACCAACCAGAUACCACCAGGCCAGACACCUUUGCAAUGUCUUCUAUGUCUUCUUUA